AAUCAGAAAAGCUCAAGUAUGGAGGAGGGAAAGAAGCACUUUGUGUUGGUUCAUGGUGCAGCCCACGGAGCAUGGUGCUGGUACAAGCUGAUCCCGCUCCUGAAAUCCAGUGGUCACAGAGUUACUGCUCUCGAUCUCGGAGCUUCCGGGGUGGAUCCUAAUCGGCUGGACGAGAUCGUUACAAUCUCGGAUUAUGCUCGGCCGUUGAUGGAGUUCAUGGCCUCCCUGCCUGAAGAUGAUGGCAAGGUGAUUCUGGUGGGUCACAGCUUUGGUGGCUACGUUAUAUCUCUGGUCAUGGAGAUGUUCCCUCAGAAAGUGUUGGUGGCUGUUUUUGUCACUGCUGAAAUGCCUAAUCUCGUCGAGCCUCCUGCCACUCUCAUGAUAGAGAUCCUGGAGAGGACACCAGAGGAGGUAUUUGCACUAUGUGAAGUAGAAUUCGACAAAGAACAAGAAACGCUUCCAAUAUCAGCACUUUUUGGGCCAGUUUACCUGGAAACCAUAAUGUACACAAACUGCCAGCCAGAGGAUCUGGAACUGGCCAAGCUAAUGAUGAGGCCAUUCAAGUUCUUCCUGGGAGACAUGUCCAAGGAAUCCCUGCUGAGCGAGGCCAAAUAUGGCUCUGUGAAGAGGGUGUACAUUGUGUGCAAAGAUGACAUUGUGACGAUGCAGGAAUUCCAGGAAAGGAUCAUCGAGAGCUACCCGCCGGACGAGGUGAAGUACAUCGAAGGAGCUGACCAUAUGGUUAUGCUUUCGAAGCCGAACGAGCUCUGUCAGUGCCUGCUGGAAGUUGCUGAUGAGGAUUGGCUGAGUUGUGAUGGUGACCAGCUUCAGGAAGAAGUAGUUCAGCCAAGCGAUCACCAGAAUGUGAGUCAGGUUAACUGCUCGUCGGACUGAGCAAUAUCGUAUUGUAACGUGGGGAAGAGAACAUUCGUAAUUUUCAAACACGGAUUAGCGUUUUAACCUCUGGGACGGGUAUCAGUUUGUUUAAUGUUAUCAAUUAAACAAAUCACUAUUUUCAAAAGUUGACCUGUAACUAUAUUGUUUAAAAGUUGGGGCCAAAAUCAAUACUCACACGCCAAAUUUUGGACCAAACUAUUAACCCACAAACCAAACUUCACAUUUCAAGAUCUAAAGAACGAUCCAAAUCGACAAGGUAAGGUAAGCCAUAAAACUGAAUUUUUUGG